CGCCGUACUCAAGACAAACUCGAUGCAUGGAUGAUUGAUUGCUUCUCGGACGCAUUUCUUGUAACAAAUGAUGGUGUAGAGAAGGAGCAAAGAAACUGACAAACAAUGACUUUCCAGGCUGCUGCUGUUGAACAGGCAGUGCUACAGUUUUAUCAGACAGCCUGCCUCCACCACCAGGUCCAUCAAUGGCUGACGGCGGCACAGAUUUCCCCUGAUGCCUGGUCCUUCUGCUGGGAACUUCUCAGCACAGACAAGAAUACAGAAGUGCAAUACUUUGGUGCCAACACUCUACAUGUCAAAAUAUCACGAUACUGGUAUGAGGUGCCAGAAGACCAGUACGAAGGAUUAAAGACCCGACUGCUGGAGAGAAUCAUACACUUUGGCAGCGGACCAAAGAUUGUUCUCACUCGACUCUGUGUUGGGCUAUCAUCAAUGAUUCUUCACAUGACACCUGAUAACUGGCGUGAUCCCCUGAAAACUUUGAUAGACACAUUUCAACAGGAAGAUAUACCAAACCUCACAAAUUUACAGCGAUGUCAUUUGUUAUUGGAGACCUUGCGUGUACUACCAGAGGAGUUUUUCAGUGCCAACCUUGCUGAGUACCGCCGUGGCAUCUUAAGGACGGAACUUGGAAACAGUCUUCAACAUGUGUUGCCACUACUGCAGGGACUGAUGAACCAAAACUCGCCCCCUGACAUAUUUGAGCAGGCUCUCAAAUGUUUCUCCUCAUGGGUAGAGUUUGGGGUGUCACCCCUCGACAGUCAGCAGGUCAUUAUCCAGGUGUUUGCUGCAUUACAAAACAGUCAGCUGUUUGAUACAGCAGUGGAUUCUCUAGUCAGCGUUUUUUCACACCCAGACAACCACAGAUUUCCGAACACAAUACAGAAGCUAAUACCAUCUGUGCUACAGUUAAAGGAGAUGCACACAAGAGCUGUGGAAACGCCAGAUAUGGACGUGUGUAAUGGUAUUGCCCAGAUUGUGAUAGCUCUGGCAGAAAACCAUACCAAAAUGUUGCUGGAAGGCUCGAUAAGUGAGGACCAGGAAUGUAGAAACAAUGUGAUGAAUCUCAUACAGAUGGUGCUGUCUUGCUGUUCCUUACCUGGUCACUUCCCAGUGGAUGAAACCACAAGUGAUAUGUCCUUCACAUUCUGGUACCUACUGCAGGAUGACAUACUGGAUGCUGAGAAGGAGCGUCAACAACUUUUACUUCCUAUAUUCCAACCAAUUUAUUUUUCCCUCAUUGAAAUUUUGUUGGUUAAAGUGCAAUAUCCUACGGAUGAGGAGUAUAGUUCUUGGACUGCAGAAGAAAAAGAGCAGUUUCGUUGCUACAGACAAGAUAUUGGUGAUACCAUGAUGUACUCCUUUAGUAUACUUCGAGAGCCAUUACUGGGGCACUUGUGUAGCGUGUUACAGGCGAUGGUAGAAAAUUCCAGAGUAGAAGAAGUACGAUGGCAGUUGGUGGAGGGUAUCUUUUUCCUGUUUGGGUCUGUAGCUGAAAACGUUGACCUUGAGGAGGAGUCCUACCUACCUGCUGUGUUAAAUAUACUGCCAAAAAUUCCAUUCAGUAACAUCAAGUUUGUGUCUACUGCUCUCUACAUGAUUGGGUCAUUUGGAGAGUGGAUUAACUGUCAUCCUGGUAGUCUGAGUUCUGUGAUACCACUAAUCCUCCAGGGCCUCAGUAACACUGAGGCGGCCACUGCAGCUACCAUGGCUCUUAAAGAUGUCAGUCGAGAAAAUCUCAAUCAUAUGCCUCCCUACGCCCACCAGAUACUCACCUCAAGUCAGACUGCUCUACAAAGUGGCAUUCUAAAGCCUCGAGAGUGUAUACGUCUGAUGUCCUGCAUAGGUCAGGUGCUGUCUGUAUUGAAGUUUGAAGAAAUUCUUCAGUAUCUGAACACCAUCCUCACCCCUCACAUACAGGAACUCGAGGAACUAGUCAAACAGCAGCCAUCACCGUCCAUUAAGAAUCGUGUACUACUGAAACUGGACAUGGUGAGCUGGUUAGUGGCUACCCUGGAUACUGAUCGCGACUCUGACAACAGCAACAUGUCUGAUGGCAAGACACAGAAACCAAAAUCGGAAAAUCCAAAACCUGUAUUUGUGAUAUUACAACAAGUUGCUCCUGUAAUACACCAGCUUGUGGCUAAGUGGAUCACUGACUCCAGUAUCAUCGAGGCUGUUUGUGACCUGUUUAAGAGGUCUUUAAGUACGUUAAUGGAUGACUUCGCUCCCAUGUCACAAAGUGUUGCACAGAUGGUAGUGCAAAUGUACGAGGUUGUGCCCCAAGCAGCCAUAUUGGAUCUGGCCAAGCAGCUGAUCCUGAUGUUUGCCACUGACAGCGAGUUCUCCAGCACUGUUAGGGUGUUACUGGCCGCCCUGAGUGAUAAAACUCUACUACUUUACCAACAAGGUCUACAUAACUACACGGAUGUAAUAGAGGCUUUCAUGGCGUUUAUGGCUCAGGUGUUAAAGAAAAAUAAACAGUUGGUAUUUGACGGUACUUGUAGCAUUCCUAGUCUCUUCCAUGCAGGAAUUCAGGCACUAUGUCUCCCUGAGCACACCACUGUGAAGUCUGCCUGCUCAUUUCUGAAUGAAUUCAUCAGCAAUGCACCAGAAUGUCCAGCUAUGAAACAGGUGGUGGAAACAGAAGGCCACGUCCUCAUGGACAAAGUUCUCAGGGCUAUAGGUGGUGAGGGGUCACGAGGAAUUAUAGAACACAUAGCUGACAUUGUCUUCACACUCAACAAACACUUCCGACAGAACCUGAAUAAAUGGCUGAGUGAGAUGGUGGACCGAGAAGGAUACCCCUCCAUUAGGGUAUCAGAAAGUGAAAAGGAAACAUUUGUCAAGAAUAUAGGAAGGGAAAGAAUGAACAAAAGAAAGAUACGAGAACUGACCAAGGAGUUUACACUGAAAUGCCGUGGUCUAUUUGGGACAGAAUAUGUUGCCCAGGCAGCAGCAAUGCUAUGACAGAGAUCCAAGCCAUUUUGUUAAAACCCGAGACUUCAGAUUGAGAAAGACAGAUUGCUGGAAGAUCUGUGUGGAUAGAUUGAAGAUUUACCUCAUGUUGUUAUACAAGCAAUACUGCUUAACCUGUGAUUGAACACAUGGAGAAAAUCAUCGGAAGUUAUUUGAUGUAUGUUCUCAGUUAAAAGAUCUGUUGUGGAGAUGCGUUGUAGCAGGUGUGAAAUAUAUCAAAAUGAACGUUAAAAUGUCAUGGCAUGUUUGUGAAAUAUGUUGUAGCAUGUUUUGUUUAAAAAAUAUGUUACAAGUAUAUGAAAAACAUGGUAGGUGUAUGUAGAAUGUGGUAGUUGUGUGUAGAAUUCUACUUAUAGAUAAUUUUGUGUGGUAGAAUUAUAGUGAUGGAUAAUUGUGGGUGUUUGGUAGAAUUAUUCGAUGGAAAAUUGUGGGUGUUUGGUAGAAUUAUUCGAUGGAAAAUUGUGGGUGUUUGGUAGAAUUAUACAGAUGGAUAAUUGUGUGUGUUUGGUAGAAUUAUACAGAUGGAUAAUUGUGUGUGUUUGGUAGAAUUAUUCGAUGGAAAAUUGUGGGUGUUUGGUAGAAUUAUACUGAUGGAUAAUUGUGUGUGUUUGGUAGAAUUAUACUGAUGGAAAAUUGUGGGUGUUUGGAAGAAUUAUACAGAUGGAAAAUUGUGUGUGUUUGGUAGAAUUAUACAGAUGGAAAAUUGUGUGUGUUUGGUAGAAUUAUACAGAUGGAAAAUUGUGUGUGUUUGGUAGAAUUAUACUGAUGGAUAAUUGUGUGUG